AAAAACGCCCCUGUGGCUUGCGGAACCAAUUAAAUCCCCUCUCGCUGCGUGCAUGCCAACAUGAACACCGACAUAAACACGCUUCAUUGACCCUCGCCGUGACGAUCUCCGGUUCGCGUUGAGAGGCUGGAGUGCAAAUGGCAGAGCAGGAGGAGCAGCAGAUAACAGCGCUGGACACGCCGGUGCCUGGUCCGUCGGACACGGGGCGAGCGGUGGCUCUUGCACGGCUAUUGCACCACGAAUGUAGUCGUCUGCUCCAGCUAUUUAAAGAAAGGGAGACCUUCUUGUCGGACACCACCCCUGAUGGAGGACGCUUGGUGUCCCCGUCCCCAGACACCGAGGAGCCUAGCACGGAGCAGCAGGUGCGGUUGCUGCACUCAGCUCUGCGGCAGUGCCUGGGGCUGAUCCACUGUGUCAUCCUGAAGGAAGAGGAGGAGUGGGGUGAGCUGGAGGGCGACUACGAGACCAUGAGGAAGAACGUCCGACUCCGCCUGGAGCACCUGCUCUUCAGCACCAAAAGUCUAGUGGAGACCGAGAACAUGACCCUGGAAGUCACCCCAGACCAUCAGUGCAAUGAGGAAACUGAUGGCGCUGGGGGAGCUUUCGGGCUCAAAAUGUGGACCUAUCGAGUGCUGCUGGAGCUAGUCCACUGGUCUGACCAUGCUGCGCAGACCCUCCAUGUCUUACACACAGAGAGGGAAGGAACACAAGAGAUCUGAUUUUCUUAGUCUCAAUCCAACAACGUCUAUGAAUGAACUCACUCAACACUAACAGCCAGCUUUCCCUUUCAUGUAUUCCAAAUUGAAUAUUAAGCAGUGUGGGAUAUACUCUGUGAACACUAGAGGUUAUAAAAUGUGCUGCUUAACUAAAAUCACAACUAAGCUCCUUUAACAAAGCCCUGUAGACAGCUUUUCCCAGACGUUGGUAUUUCCACAGCAAGUGCUAAAAUGACCUCAAGUUUGCCUCGGUUGCUAUUUCCUUUGACAAAGAAGUGAGUGCAGACCUUUAACUGUAUAAAGGUUGGUUUGCUUUGUGAAGUGGCAGAGUUAGACUGUUUGAAAAUGUAUUUUUUUUUGUAUACAGUGUGUAAUUUAUUUUUAUUUAAGUGGAUUUGCCUUUGAUGACUAAUUAUCUGCUGUUCCUAACACUCCAAUAUCUAAGAAACGCUAGAAUGUAGCCAAAAACACUCAACUGAUAAACUGUGACUGAUGUGCAGCUGAAUCUGUAGCCAUUAGCUAUUUUAAUAGAUCACUGAGCUUUUAAUGUCACACCUUAUUAACAUAUCUAAUCUAGAUAAUUCCAUAUCAGAUCUCGUGUUGUCAUGUAUAGACUGAAUGCUUGUAUUGUUUAUGGUUCGGCACAAUCUGUGAUGAUCAAGUGUCAUGUUUGCUGCUCUGGUCACCAAGUUCUCUCCUGAUGUUAUACUUGAAUAUGCUGCUGCACCGUUCACAAGUUUGAACUGUAAAUACAGUCGUUCUCAAAUCUUUUCUGUCAUGCCCCUCUUAGGAAGGAGAGAGGAAGUUUGAGAACCACUGUGGUAGAUUUUUAGUUUACAGUAGGAAUGUACUGUCUCGCCAAACGUAUCAAACACACUGCACUCAUGACAAGCCCUUUAACAUUUCAUCAGUAGCUUUUACAGCAAUUGUAGAAAUUGUCAUUUGCUUUUUCACUAGUUAGACCUCCAAACCAACAUAUCCUUAAUGUGACUUUGACUAGUAGCAAUUUCAGUUCUCACCAGUCAAAAUGUCAAUUCUUGAUUCUUAGUUAAAAUGAUCACUGUAGUUAUCUGUUACUUAAUUACAACUAAUCAGCUUUUACCAUUGACUUCUAUUCAAAGUCAUUUACAGAUGAUUAAAAUUGUAAAAGGUUAAAAUUCCAAGUUGACACAUUCAUAAUAUACUUUUCCGCAAUGUAAUUUUGACUAGUAGCAAGUCCAAUUCUCACUAGUCAAAAUGUUAAUUCUUGAUAUCAAUGAUUAAUUUAUUAGUGUGAAUGAUCAUUGUAGAUAUCUGUAACUUAAUAACAACAAGUCAACUUUUACUAUUGAUUUCUAUUCAAAGUCAUUUACAGAUAUCUAUAAUUAAAAUAUUAACGUGUUAAAAUUCCAUGUCGACAUAUCCAUAAUGUAAGUACACUAGAAGCAAUUCCAGUUAAAUUAUUUACAAUUCAUUUCUCACAAGUCAAAAUGUUAAUUCUUGAUAUCAAUGAUUAAUGUAUUAGUGGAAAUGAUCAGUGUUAUCUGUAACUUAAUUACAACAAGUCAAAUUUUACCAUUGACUUCCAUUCAAACUCAAUUGCAGAUAUUUAUAAUUAAAAUUUUAACAGGUAAAAAUUCCACAUUGACAUACCAAUAAUCUAAUUUUGACUCGUAGCAAUUCCAAUUAAAGAUAUCUACAAAUCAUUUCUCACUUGUCAAAAUGUUAAUUCUUGAUAAUUCAAUUACAACUACUCAGCUUCUACCAUUGACUUCUAUUCAAAGUCAUUUACAGAUAUCUAUAAUUAAAAUUUUAACAGAUUAAAAUUCCAAGUCGACAUAUCCAUAAUGUAAUUUACCAUAGUAUAAUUUUGACAGUUAGCGAUUCUAAUUAAAGAUAUCUACAGUUCAUUUGUCACUAGUCAAAAUGUUAAUUCUUGAUACCAAUGAUUCAUUUAUUAGUGGAAAUGAUCAUUGUAGAUAUCCGUAACUUAAUUACAACAAGUCAACUUUUACCAUUGACUUCCAUUCAAACUCAAUAACAUAUCUAUAUAUAUAUCUAUAAUUCAGUUUUGACGCGUUAAAAUUCAAAGAAGCCAUAUCCAUAGUGUAAUUUUGGCUUGUCAGAAUUGAAUUUUAAGAUGUCUAAAAUUCCAUAUAUAUCUGUAAUGUAGAAACAAUGUACAUUUCAGCUACUAAGAAUAUAAUUGUUAAUAUCAAUAAUUAACAUUUUGACUAGUGAGAAUUGAGUUGCAGAUAUCAUUAAUUAGAAGUGCACCCAGUCAAAAUAAUAUUAUGGAUAUGUAAACUUGGCACUGUAACACGUCAAAGUUGAAUUGUAGAUAUCUUCAAUUGAGUUUUAAUAGAAAUCAAUGGAAAAAGUUGACUAGUUGUAAUUAAGGUACAAAUAUCUCUCGUGAACAUUCACGUGAGAAAUGAGUUGUAGAUAUUUUUAAAUUGCAACUAAUUAAAGUUGGAUUAUUUAUGUCAGCUUGGAAUUGUAACUAGUGUAAAAUUACGUUUGUCCUAGUAACAGUUUUAUCUGCAAUGUGUACAAUUCCUUCUUAUAAAUAGGCAGAAUUGAAUUUUAGAAAUCAAAAAAGUGCGACCACAUCAAUAUGCGAAUUUAACAGCUGACCAAUGGCUUUGUGCUACUUAAAUGAUAUGAUGUCCACAUAUUUGAAAUGGUUUGUUGAUAUGCCAGACAUAUCAGAAAUACAUUUGUUGACAUCUGGAAUGAUAAAUUACAUUUGCACUAGUGGGAAAUUAAUUAUAAAUAUCUGCAAUUGUUAUUUUUACUGGUGAAAACUGAGUUACUGAUAUCUAUGAUUAAAUUAAAUUAUUAAGAUAUCUGUAUAUCACUUUUAACUAAAUGUAAUUUCUACAUGUUUAAAUAUGUUUUUAACAUUGUUAAAAUUGUUUUACAGAUAUCUUCGACAAACAUAUUAACUAGUCAAAAUGACAUUUUGACAUGUUCAAAUAUCAUCUCCACAAGUGAAAACUAAAUAGCUCCUUGUCAGCCCUGCUGAUGAAACGUUAAAGGGCUUGCCAUGCUGCACCACAACAACUUCAUGGUAGCGUUCAAUGCCUGACGCAGCAUAGACCCACUGAGUGAAUGAACUGUGACUUCCAGACUUGUUGGUAUGGUGGAUUUCUUACUGCCGUGUUUUUCCUUUAUCUCCGUGAUGAAUAACUGGAUGUGCAUUAAAGAUUAUAACAGUCGUAA